AUGGGCGAUGUCCUGGUCCAAUUUUACCGUGAUCGGCAUCGUUGCUCGUUGGGAUACCUUCGAGAUCUUCAUGGUUGGCAGGGACAGUAUGACAAGCUAGAGACAAAUCAUUUGUAUAUUCAGUGGCUUUUUCCGAAUUAUUUCCAGUCGCAGUUCAACACCACCGCGCCACAACUGAGCAAACCGGAAGCUCAUGUGUUCCGCAAUGACGGAGAGAUCGCACGAAAGUACAUCCAAUCCUACCGGCUGUUCCUGGACUUCCUGGGCCUGAGGCUGAUUGAUUCCGAAACCGGUGAAAUUGGUCGGGCCCCAAACGGCCGUGGCCGAUUGUAUGAAGCGUUAGUGCUCCGGCAUCACAACCACCUGCGGAUCAGACGCGUUUUGGCUUCCUUGGCAAUAACCGGGUUCGAACGGUACAUGAGCCCAUUGGUAAACCAUUUACGAUGGGAGAUUCUGGGAAUCAGUCUUCGUUCGAGAGAAAACGGCUUUUCCGUUCGACGGCGCAUGACAACUUUCUUGCGCCUCGUUCUCCCAGGUCGGGACAAGCCAGCUUUACGUCCUCUCCGAAAUAUACCUUCAGCUCUGGAGACUUGGGAGAAGUAUGUCGACGGAAAUUCUGCGAACCACUUCAAAAACACUCGUGCCUCCGAAGAAGACCGUGCAGAGUCGGUCUUUUUCGGGCGAGAUGUUACCACGCAGGCACCCGCGGAGCAGGUUGACGCUGGAAGCUCAAGUAGGCAGCCACGGCUCAAGCACGAGGGAGGGAAAUCAAUUUUCAGCAGACGGAUGGCGCGCACCGUCAUUUUCGCACAGGAUGACCAUGCCGCAGCAGAGUGCCUCGUGCCAUUGAGCAGCGGCCACCGUGUCCUCGGUGUGGGCAACGGUGCAAGCACAUCCAUCUUCGCAAGGCGCUGCGUGGAGCUGGGCUUCGGCUUUGCCAGCGCGCUGGAGCCGGAAGUUGUCGCGGGUGCCUUGGAGCGCUUCAAGCCGGAUGUCACCGUUCUGGUGCCAGAUCUCAGUGGCCAAAAUCCGGAGUCCUUCUGUGCUGGCGGCGGUCGCCAGUAUGUGAUGAAGGUGGGUUCUCCGAUGAAAGGAGCACCUUGGCCGGAGUUUGCACCCAUCUGGCUGCAGCAGGCGAAUAGCCGCGUCGCCAUUUGCAAAGCCUCUGGGGAAGAGGUGGGUGCAGAGCUUGUGGCCGUUGGCAAGGACGAGACAGCUUUGUCGCUGCGUGCCAAGCACGCGUUGGCUGGAGCCAGGCUUCUCAAAGUUCUUCUGGAGGAUGGUGAAGGUGCCAUGCCAAAGCUUGAGCUUGUAUCCUCCGCAAGCAAGCAGGCGCCACUUCAGAUCGACUUGAGUUGGGACGAGGAUUCCGUGGAUCGUUUCAUCCGAGCAUACCUUUUCCCUCCGCAUGAUCCUGCUGUGGUUGAAGUGCCUGCGAAGAAGGAGACCUACUUCAUCGAGAACAUGGAGCAAUUCAACGACUUCCGCAUGAAGGUCCUGGAAGAGGGCACUCGAGACGGAAACUUCACGAAUCGAAGUUAUGCAGCAGAUACGCAUUGGUACUCCAACGUCGGUGGCAGCAUUGUCAAGAUGGGGGAUUCCGACAUUCACAUGCCGCUGAAAACCUCCGAGAAGAAGCACAAGGCCAUCAUCCCUGGGGCUGCCAUUGGCGCCCGGAAGAAGCUGCGAAUGAACGAGCCACUCAUUGGGCCCAAUGCAGAGCGCUACUGCAGUGGGGCUUUGGCAUCUGGUUGGAUCGGCUUGGGGCCCGAGUGGUCUCAAGCUGGCAAGCACAGAAGCAGCAACUUUGAUGUGGCCGUGAAGGCCAUGAGCACGGCACUGCCCACGGAGACAGGGGCCCUGCCCGUGGCUUCAGGUAUUUGCAACGAGAGCACAGCCUUCGAUCACCUGCUCGAAGGCCCGCCACACCCCAAUGUUGUGGAGCUGGUUGGUCGAUUCGAGGGUCUCGGCAGCGAGGAUGAGCAGGUGCACUACUUUGUCACAGAACUUCUGGCAGGAGGUUCUUUGGAGGACUGCCUGCAGGCAGAUGGUAUGGAAGAGGCGACAGCGCGGAGCAUCAUCAGGAGUGUCUGCCAGGGACUGGCCAGCCUGCAUGACCAAGGCGUCGUGCAUCGGGAUCUCAAGCCUGGAAACGUGCUUUUCAGCAAGGGGGAGGAGGAUCCGAAGCUUAUCGAUUUCUCGCAUGCCGCGCUGGUCAGUGGCGACGAGGAGACGUUGACCGGGGAGCUCGGAACUCGAGGUUACGUGGCUCCGGAGGUGCUCUCUGAGCGGCCCUAUGGAAAGAAGUGCGACGUGUUCUCCCUUGGCUGCACUGUGCAUGCGCUCCUCAGUGGCCGUCCGCCGCGAAGGCAUCUUCGGGUUGGCUUUGUGCAACAACUGCCAAGCUCCGUUUCACCCUCCGCCCGCCGCUUCGUGGAGGCCCUCCUGACCGUCGAUCCGAGAAGCCGCCCCUCGGCCAGGGAGGCCUUGGCGGAGAGGUGGCUGCAGGAGGAGUGA